UGCCGAGCCCGCCCCGCCUGUCCAGCCACGUCAUGCCGCUGCUGCCCCUGGCCCUGCUGGCCGCGCUGCUGGCCGCCGGCCGCGCCGCCAACCCUUGCUGCUCGAACCCCUGCCAGAACAGAGGCGUCUGCAUGACCGCUGGGCCGGAUCGCUACGAGUGUGACUGCACCAGGACAGGCUACUACGGGCAGAACUGCAGCACACCGGAAUUCUUCACGUGGCUCAAGGUAGCACUGAAACCAUCACCAAACACUGUCCACUACAUCCUCACCCACUUCCAAGGAGUCUGGAAUAUCAUCAACAACAUUCCCUUCUUACGGGACGCUAUUAUGAGAUACGUACUAACGUCAAGAUCACACUUGAUUGACAGCCCACCAACUUACAAUAGUGACUACAAUUACAAAACCUGGGAAGCUUAUUCCAAUCUCUCCUACUACACGAGAAGCCUUCCACCAGUAGGACUUGACUGCCCAACACCAAUGGGUGUUAAAGGUAAGAAAGAGCUUCCGGAUUCAACGCUGAUCGUGGAGAAGUUUUUGCUGAGGAGAAAGUUUAUUCCCGACCCGCAGGGCACAAACGUGAUGUUCACAUUCUUUGCCCAGCACUUCACCCACCAGUUCUUCAAGACGGACCACAAGAGGGGCCCUGCCUUCACCAGAGCGCUCGGCCAUGGGGUUGACUUGAAUCACAUCUAUGGAGAGACUCUGGAGAGACAACUUAAACUGAGGCUUCGAAAGGAUGGAAAGCUAAAAUACCAGAUGAUCGAUGGAGAAAUGUACCCGCCGACGGUGCGGGACACGCAGGCAGAGAUGCUGUACCCACCCCACGUGCCUGAGCACCUGCAGUUCUCUGUGGGGCAGGAGGUGUUUGGGCUGGUGCCGGGACUGAUGAUGUACGCCACGAUCUGGCUGCGCGAGCACAACCGCGUCUGCGACGUGCUCAAGAGCCAGCACCCUGACUGGGAUGAUGAGCAGCUCUUCCAGACCACCCGGCUCAUACUGAUAGGAGAGACAAUCAAGAUUGUUAUAGAGGACUAUGUGCAGCACCUGAGUGGGUACCACUUCAAGCUGAAGUUUGACCCUGAGCUGCUCUUCAACCAGAGGUUCCAGUACCAGAACCGCAUCGCAGCCGAGUUCAACACCCUGUACCACUGGCACCCAUUGCUGCCUGACACCUUCCACAUCCACGACCAGGAGUACACCUUCCAGCAGUUCCUCUACAACAACUCCAUCAUGCUGGAGCAUGGACUCUCCCAUAUGGUUGAAUCUUUCUCCAAGCAAAGCGCUGGCAGGGUUGCUGGUGGGAAGAACGUUCCUGCUGCAGUACAGAAAGUGGCAAAGGCCUCCAUUGACCAAAGCAGGCAGAUGAGGUACCAGUCCUUGAACGAGUACAGGAAACGCUUCAUGCUGAAACCGUUCCGAUCCUUUGAAGAGCUUACAGGAGAAAAAGAGAUGGCAGCGGAGCUGGAGGAGCUGUACGGGGACAUCGAUGCCAUGGAGCUGUACCCAGGCCUGCUGGUGGAGAAGCCCCGGCCCGGGGCCAUCUUUGGCGAGACCAUGGUGGAGAUGGGGGCGCCGUUCUCCCUGAAGGGGCUGAUGGGCAACGCCAUCUGCUCCCCCGAGUACUGGAAGCCCAGCACCUUCGGGGGCAAGGUGGGCUUUGACAUCGUCAACACGGCCUCCCUGCAGAAGCUCAUCUGCAACAACGUCAAGGGCUGUCCCUUCACUGCCUUCCACAUCCUGCCUCCCGAGCCCACCAAGACCACAAUUAACGUUAGUACCUCAAAAACUGCCAUGGAAGAUAUCAACCCCACGCUCCUGCUGAAAGAGCGCUCUGCCGAGCUGUAGAAAUCCAGCUAUCUAUCUAUUUAUUUAUUUAUUUAACUGUGUUAUUUAUUCUAUUUAUGGCUUAGUAUUUAAAAAAACAACUUGAGCAUCUUCAUUGUGGGGGUUGCCUUAAAUUCCUUACUGAGGUAAGGCUUCCAUUUACAAAAGGGAUUUUCUGUGUUUCAGCUUGACAGUGGUGAAUCCCUUGUUUAAAAUCUUCUGUAACAGAAUGAUGUAUUCCAAAAUGGAUAAAGGUUCCACCUUCUUUUUACUAUUGUUUUAAUACUUGAUGAAGGGGAGUGGUGGUGAUUCUGUCUGUCAGUUUUCAUAGGUCACAUAACACUACAAAAGCAACUUUUUUUCUCAGCAACUUGAAAGCAGCUAUUUACCUAAAAGUACAAGAAAAAAAUCUGACUUAAUGAAAACUGCCAGAAGAGAUUAUGGAUUUCAUAUGAGCACUCAAAAAUGAACAAAAAAAAAUACUUGAGUCUCACUUCUUUAUGUAAGGUCAGAAAAUGCAUUGCAUUUGUUGUUGAUACUACCUCUCCCUCUCUGCAGAUAGAGCACUUUGUAUCAUAACUUAAUGUCUCUUAUGUGCAAAUCCACUUCUGCAUUUAGAUGAA